CCUACACACUCUCUGUCUUGGUCUUGCAACCUUGACACCUUGGAUGUCAUGCGUCAUGUACAUUUCAUAUCUUUGGAUAUUUUUUGGUGCUUUGUUGUCUUCAAACGCUCAGUACCACGGGAAUACAAGAUGCACAGAGGUCACUGUGAACGCUUCUCUGAAAUCUGAAGUCUUUCUCCCAUGUCACUUUAAUAUAAGCCAUCACAAUGAAACCGAGAGUGUGAAUUGGAACCACUAUUCCAGUCUCGUAACGAUCAGGAUUAAUGGCAGAAUCUUCUUUCACAGUCCUAGUGAAGGACGAGUGAAUGUUUUUCCACUUCUAUCUAAACAUGGAAACUUCUCCAUCCUCAUCCAUGAUCUGCAGUCUUCAGACAUUGGCACCUACACAUGUCGGUUGAACAGUGAAUGCUGGAUGGUGAAGAUCAAUGAACGUCCGCACAGAAUCAAUGAGUCAAACCCCUGGUUCUACUUCGCAGCUGGAGCUGGAUUGCUUAUUCUCCUUUUUAUUGCAUUCAGCCUGUUUUCAAAAUUCUAUGCCCCCGAAGAAACACAGAAUACAGAAAGCAGUGGACAUAGAAACACGCGGGGUGUGAGGAGGGGCCCCACUACUGUUUAUGAAAAUGAUAUACAUGCUCCAAAUCAAAGUUCUGCUGUGCAGCAGGGGCAACAUCCUCAGAGAGCAUUCAGAGCUGCUCCUGAGCCAACUACAAGUCAUCCUUCAGAUGUAAAACCAUAUUAUGUCAACCAGGCGGAGCUCUCCAUUCCAGCAAAUGCUGGCAAAAAACGGAAAAAACAAAAACAUUAUCAGUUUAAAAAUCCAAUAUACAGUGACUGAAGUGAUCAGAAGUCAACGACAGAAUCCAGUACCACAGAAUCCAGAAUACACAUUUCAGACAGUUCAAUAUCUCAAUAAAUGCUGAUGUUUAACAUGGUUCAUG